AUGGACGCUGUGCUGGAUCUGCUCAAGUGCAGCAUCUGCCCCAAGCAACCCUCCUUCAGCGAUGUCUCCCAUUUACUUACCCAUGUCAGCUCCAAAGGCCACUUGUCUCACCUCCACAAGCUCCAGGUUCGAAGCCACCAAGAGGUCGAAGCGGGCUUGCUGCUCAUCAACUACAACAAAUGGUACGAUCACCAUGGCCUGGCUGGGUUGCUCUCAGAGAGAAUGGUUCUGAAGCAGGCCAAAAAGGCAGGAAGAAAAAAGACUGCUGCAGAACAGGGUGCCUAUGUCACGGAGACCGGGGCUACAGCUCAACCUCCACAAGAUCAGGUAAUGCAGCUACGCAGAGGUGAAGGAAGCCGUAGCCAGAGACAAAAGAGAUCAGUACGAACCCGUCGAAGCAGGCCUAUCCUCGACAACGAUAGCGACUUUGAAUACAGUCCGGUCAAACGGUACGGGUUUGGCCCGCCCCAAGCGCUGUGUAUGCAUACACUGACCAAAUCUAGUCGAUCCAAGCCUCGACGCCCUCAUGUAGUUUCUCCGGUCAAUCACAAUAUCUACAACAAUGACGACAGUACCGCGCCCCGAGGCCACCAGCCCCUUGCUACCCCAGAGCACAGCAAGCUGAAAGGGACCAUAUGGCCAGGAAUGGACUUGUUCGAUGCAGCUACUGAAGAAAUGAAGAGAAAGAGGAAUCAGAAGAAAGACGGCUCGGUGGUCAGACAUAUGCAACGUCUGGCAGCUCUGGUUGAACCCACUGAGGUGGUCUAUUCUCCAAGUGGCAAUAUGAUGAAAGCCAGACACAUUGAUGAUCUCGAGGACACAAGCAGCCUGAUCGAUGGUGAAUCUCCGAUCCCAAAGACGAAGCAGGUUCGCCCACGAAAGAGACAGCCACUCAAAGAGAAGGACACCAAUGCUCCAAGACUUGUCAAGCGCAAAUCGAGAAACACCCCUUUGAAAAAGCGGGCUCGUCAAGCAUUGGACCAAAGCAUACCCCCACUACCUUAUCUUCCAAGUUCAUCGACUGGCGAAUCCUAUACCCUUGGUCCAGGAUUCUUACAGAUGGAAGAUGAUGAGGAAGAUUGGAAGCCUAUGGUCGGAAACGGCUCACGCAAGAAACGCUCGUCUCAAUUCACAAUUUUUGAUGACGGCAGUCCAGGCUAUGGUCCUGCCACCCCAGCAGACCAGCGUCGUAAUCCAUUCCAGGUUCCACCACCGCCAUACUUGAACAGCGAACGUCCACAACUCCCGACUAUCUCGGCGUCUUGGCUGCAGCCACAGCACCAAGCUGGCGCGCAGUACGCAGGACUCUACAGUGUUUGUCGACCGAUGUCUCGUGAUUCCCAAGACUUUUACGAUACAGGCCGCGGCAAAGAAAAUGCUCUUCCAUUUGCCGGUCUUCAAUCAGAUUAUCGGACCAUGACCACAAACCCUUUGUCGUGGAAAUCCCCGGUUCGAGAUGGCAUAACCUUGCCGAAUCCCCCGGGGUCGCCCUUGAGUAAUAUUUUCGGUGUUUUCCCCCUGGAGGCGCUUCAUGAAGACCCAUUUGUAUCUACCAAAAAUCCCUUGGCUGAUGCAUUGGAGCAUUUCGAAGAGGAAAUGCGUAGCACAGAUACCAAGGUGCCGCCAUCUCUUCUGCAGAACACUACAGAUGAUGAGGAUACGAAACCGCAAAUUCACGCCCUUGCAGCUAUCAGUCAUUGA